UUGCAUUAUUCACAGAUAUACUAUACAGAGAAAAUGUUUUUCUAUGUGUUUAGUCUAUUCAACAUUGCAAUGGUUGGAUUGUCCUCAGCGGGAAAAACUGAAAUUCCUCCAGUUACAUGCAAACGAGAUUCAAAUGAUUACUACACUUGUUUAAAACAAAGUUUUCAAGAAAGAUGGCAACUAAUCGUAAAAGGACUUCCAGAAUUUGAUAUUCCACCUUUGGAUCCAUUCGUUCAUAAAUAUGAAAGUGACGUGAAAAUAAAUGGUACUCUAAAUGCGUUUAUCAGAACUAAUGGUGAAGAUCAUAUAAAUGCAACAGCACAUGAUGUUAGAGGAACGUGUGAUGUAAUAGGUCACGUAAUAAAUGAUAAAUGGAUUAUAGAACAUUUCCGUGUCGUACCGUCAAUUGGAAAGCUGAAGGUGUAUUUUGAUAAUUUGUUCGAAAACAACAAAGAAUUCAGUAAAUAUUAA